UAGAAACUAAAUUGUGAUCCUUCUCCUUCUCUUCUUGGUGGCAGUAUUAAGGAUUCCCAGCACUCGCAGGGUUUUUGAUCAUCCCAGCGCUCAGCGUGCUGGCUCCUCCCCCUCCCGGCGACAGCGUGCGCUCUCAGCCGACCCCGUGCACCCCUCGCUCACCAGGCCUGCGCACCCGAGCCCAUGCUCCCAGCUCCACGUGGCCCUCCAACGCCAUGUGUGUACCGCACACUAUGGAGGCGGGCAAGCACAGCGCCAGCCAGGGGCAGAGCAGCCAUGGGGGGGUUCCUCUGGAGCCUUUCAUUCACCAGGUGGGCGGCCACACCAGCAUGAUGCGUUACGACGACCACACUGUCUGCAAACCGCUCAUCAGCCGUGAGCAGCGGUUUUACGAGUCCCUGCCUCCAGAGAUGAAGGAAUUCACCCCCGAGUACAAAGGUGUGGUGCUGGUGUGUUUUGAGGGUGACUCUGAUGGCUACAUCAAUCUGGUGGCAUAUCCAUAUGAGGAGAGUGAGGGGCUGGACCACGAAGAGCUGUCCGAAAGAGAUCAGCCUCGCCGAAAACACUCUCGCCGUAGCCUCCACCGCUCCAGCAGCGAGCACAAAGAGGACCGACCUGCUCACGAUAGCGAAAGCAAUGACAAUCUGCAGGAGUUGAAGAGUCCUCGCCUGGACCUGCAUUCAGAUGUGCCCUUCCAGAUGCUGGACAGCAACAGUGGCCUGAGCUCAGAGAAGAUCAGCCACAACCCCUGGAGUCUGCGCUGCCACAAACAACAGCUCAGCCGCAUGCGCUCCGAAUCCAAGGACAGGAAACUCUACAAAUUCCUGCUGUUGGAGAAUGUAGUCCAUCAUUUUGUCUACCCCUGCAUCCUGGACUUGAAGAUGGGCACCCGGCAGCAUGGUGAUGACGCGUCAGAGGAGAAAGCCGCCCGGCAGAUGAAGAAGUGUGAGCAGAGCACGUCGGCCACAUUAGGAGUGCGUGUGUGUGGCAUGCAGGUCUACCAGAUGGACACCGGUCAUUAUCUAUGCAGGAACAAGUACUAUGGCCGUGGUCUUUCUAUUGAGGGAUUUCGACAUGCACUCUUUCAGUUCAUGCACAAUGGGACACAGCUGCGCAAAGACCUUUUUGAGCCAAUCCUGGGCAAACUAUGCAGCCUGAAGGCUGUGCUGGAGCGCCAGGCCUCGUACCGCUUCUACUCCAGCUCGCUGCUCAUCAUAUACGAGGGCAAGGACCCCGAGUCUGUGGACGGCUGGCAGAAACCCUCAGAACUGCCAUCAGAAAAGGAGAAACAGGCCACAGUGCUCGGGUCUGUGGAGAACCCGCCGGCCUUAGAGCCCCAUACACGUCCUCAGUGUGGACGUGUGGACGUCCGGAUGAUAGACUUCGCCCACAGCACAUUUAAAGGUUUCCGGGAUGACCAAACUGUCCACGACGGACCUGACCGUGGCUAUGUGCUCGGACUAGAGAGCCUCAUCAACAUUUUGCAGGAAAUCCGCAAUGAGAAUCAGUAGCCGAACUCAUUGCUUAUUCAGUUGCAGCCUAGCAACUUCACGCAGACUGUUGUCAUUUUCAUAGAAAAACAAAGAUGUUUGUCAAACUAAAGGUUUGUGUUUUGUGUGUCUUAGUUAUUAUUUGAACCAUGAGGGAUCGGUGCACACAAUAAAUGGAGGUGACUUCUGCCUAUGAAGGUAUGAAGGUCCUGCUGUAAGGAAAGAAAUUGCUCCUAGCCUCCCCUCGACAGAAGGUGUUUUCACUUUGUUUGUCACAUGGAUUCAGCGCCACCAUGUGGCCAGCUGAAGCACUGCAGGAAUGAACCAUGAACUCAGGCUGUGUACACUGUCAGGGUCUCUCUUUGAUUGUUGGAUUGCUAUUUAGAGAGAAAACACGUAUGUGUGUGUGUGUGUGUGUGUGUGUGUGUUUGUGUGUGAUUCUCAAGAAGAGAAGUCCAGGUCGCAUUUCACCCCAAAAUCCAAAUAAGAAAGAUGUUAUAUUGCAUAAAUAAAGCCUGUUUUAGGAGCUUUUUGAUUUUUUUACAUUAUUUUCAUGAUAAAUUUAGCCUGAAUGCAUUUCUCCCCAAAUUCUUCUUGAAAACAUUUUCCAGACACAGAAUUCAUUAAUCGUACUUUGCCAUUUUAAAUACUGUAUCAUUAUUUGUUCACAUCAUACUGUACCAAUGAGACUGAUAGGGAAGAUUAGUUAUAAAAAAUAAUGUCACCAUGCAACAAAAAAAAUCUUAACGCUUUUAAAAUACUUAAUGCAAUGUUGUUGUUGUUUUUUUGUUUUUGUUUAUUUAUUUAUUUGUUGGGUGGCGGAGUGUGAAAUAUGAGAUGUUCUUGUUGCCUGUAUAAACACUCAGUAUUUCUUCAGGAGUUUAAAAGGGAGCAAAUUUAGCUCAGAAUAGUUGGUCAAAUCUUUACUUGAGGACUUGGGGGCAUUUAAAGGAGGUUUUAAACCACUCGUCUUUGACAAGAGGAUGAAUCUGGCUUUGUGGGAAUAGUCGAAUUCACAGCUUAACUAUGCGAGCCUAUUUAACCGGUCACAUGAUGCUUUUUUAUUUUAUUAUUAUUAUUAUGUUUUGGCCGUUUUGGUAGCUAUCUUACUCUGUACAUUUAAAGCAAUCAUUACAUUUAAUGUUUUUACAUUUUUGUUGAUCCUCCUCUGUGAUUUAGCAGUCGUAGGGGUUUUGGUGGGAUAAUGUAUUUUUAGUCUUGAAUUUAGAUUACCCUUGUGUUACAAGAGUCUUUCCCUGUCUGUAACGUGGUUAUCAUUAAAGAGAAUUGUCUCACUGUAAAAUAAAUAAAUAAAAUAAUUUUCUUAAUCUGCCCAAAUAUUUAAACAUCCUAAAAAAUAAAUCACCCUGAAAAGCAAAAUUGUGUAAGGUAUAAAGAAUUGUUUGCAGAUAUUUUUACCCCUCUUUAUUUAAAAAAAAAAAAAAAAAAAAAACCUUCACUUCUGAUUAUUGUUAUUAUUAUUUUAGACAUAUUUAUAUAUUUAUUUUAGUGCUCAAUAACAUCUGAACUGUAAAUUUUUAUAAACACAUUACAAGAGCAUGAAUUUUAUUAUUAUUUUCUUUUUGUUUCAUUUUGUUUCAGAGUUAUUUCAAAGAGUUGUCUUUUAAUUACACUGAUACACCUUCAGAAAGAAAGAAUAAGGUACAAAAGCUGUCCCUGGGACGGUGCACUUUCAAAAGAACAACAUAGCCAUAAAAGGUGCAUUUUAGUACAUUAAAGGUACAGAUUUGUAUCUGAAGUGCUGAUUAGAACCUAAAUGGUAUACAUUAGUGCCUUUUGAAAGGGUACAGCCACAGUGACAGCUUUUGUCCCUUUUUUUCUGAGAGGAUGCAGUGACAUUAUGCCCAACAUCAACAAAUGUAGCAAGAUUCAUAUCUACUUUUGUUUUUGUGAGUCCCGUCAGCAGUCGAGUGGAGAUCGUCUCCUUAUUACAUAUUCAGCAUGUUUUCUGUCUAGGUGAAACAUUUACUGCACUAUGGUGUCAUCUUUUAAAUGAAAAUUGACACUUUUUUUCAUUCACUGCGAAACAGACAUCAUAUCUGCCCAUAGAAGCAGUUGAGCAAAUAUAUUAACUUCAUUCUUUCAUCUUGUCCUACAUUUAUUGACUUUGAUCACGUGUAUAAAUAAUAACUCAACAUUAUAAAUCAUGGCAUCUAUGCAGAGUUGUGCCGUAGGGAUGUGUCAGUAUUUAGAUGUGAUUUUACAAUAGCCGUAACUGGGACACCCAGGAGUGUUUGUUUAACAACUGUUUAACCAAGUCAUCCGAUCAUUUUUUCUUUAACUGCUGAAGGGAAGUGUUUGAAGGAUAAAUGCCACAUGUAUGAUGUGUUCUCUCACAAUACAUGAGAAAUGUACUCAAGCUACUAAGAACAGCAAGAAUACAUAAUUCCUAACAUGUUGGCAUCAUUUAUUAAAGUGUAGCUGGUUUGUGUAACUAAACCUUUCAUUUUUGUAUCGACGCAUGAGAGAGGAAGUGACAGAUUCAUAGAUCUGGCAUAAGAAGAAAGAAAAUGAUUACUACUCAUCCUAAAAAUGAUCCUUUUAUCUUUAUUGUUGUUGCAUGGAUGGAUAUUUUUUUAAGAUAAAUAAAUAUGACAACAUUGAAUGUGAGCUCUAAAUUGUUUAUUUAAAAACCGUUGUCUUAUCUCGUUAACAUUUUGUUGUUUUGAUUUGACCAAAUAAAGCAGAAAGAACAACCACAAACAAUCAAACCGCAAGUUUAAAUGCUAAAAAAAGUUCAAAUACAAAGUUAUGUUAUGAAACUCUAAAUGGUUAUAACUCAGUCUGAUGUAAUCAAAUAAUUUUUCACAUGGCGCAAAUGAUUGGUUCUUUUCAUAUCAGCAGCCAAUGAGUUUACUGCUUACUUGGCUAGUACUUGUUGUAGUUGUGCUUCACAAACCAUCCACCUCCCCAGCUGCACAUGUCUAGAUCUACUACAAGGCAAUUUCAUGUGUUAUAGCUGCAGCAGCAGUACUUCUUACAUGCUCACAGCGGCAUGUAUGUGGAUGUAUUGGCAGUAGCAAGUCUAAUUUCUUGCUCUGCUACAGCAUCAUAGCUGAUCUGUUCUGCUGAUACCAAACACAUUAACAUUGCCAUGUAUAUUACCAUGCUGAAAUGCUCAGAGAGUUGUCAUGACAGAAAUAGGAAUUUUAUGUACAGUACAGAAUUAUAUACAAGUGCAUCUCAAUAAGUUAGAAUGUUGUGAAAAAGUUCAUUUAUUUCAGUAACUCAAAUCAAAUUGUGAAACUUUUGUAAAUACAUUCAAUGCACACAGACUGAAGUAAUUUAUGUCUUUGGUUAUUUUAAUUGUGAUGAUUUUGGCUCACAUUUAACAAAUAUCCACCAAUUCACGAUCUCAGCUAAUUAGAAUACUUCAUAAGACCAAUAAAAAACCAAUUUUUAAUCAAU